UUCAGGUCUCAAAUGGUUUGAACCUCGAGUUUACUCACCCCUUAUCAAGCACCAAACCAUCAUACCGCUCGAGUGUCAAGCCUGAAAAUGGCUUCUCUCUUGCAUGCCCUGGGCAACUUCCCAAGACGACUCGCUGAAUUCCUUGAUCGCCCCGGUUUUCCAUGGAAGAAACUCAUUCUCGGCUUCUCAGUCGGCCAAUUCGUUCUUGAAGGCCUCCUGUCCCUACGCCAGUACAAGAUCCUCCAGCGGACGAAGCCUCCCAAGACCCUCGAAGACGAGAUCUCCCAAGAUGUCUUUGACAAGAGCCAGGCCUAUGGCCGCGCAAAAGCAAAAUUCGGUUUCAUCUCAGGCUUGUACUCGCAGAUCCAAAACGUCCUCUUCAUUCAACACGACGUCCUGCCCAAAAUCUGGUCCCUCACUGGUCUCUGGCUGACACGCUACCUGCCUGCUCGGUUCUCUGGCGAGAUCACACACUCUGUCAUAUUCUUCUUGACCUUCAACCUCAUCUCGCAAGUCCUUUCCCUCCCUCCUUCGUACUACGGCACCUUCGUUCUGGAAGAGAAGUUUGGUUUCAACAAGCAGACCGUCAAAUUGUGGUUGACUGAUCUCGUCAAGGGUCAGGCCUUGACCGUUGUCCUCGGUACUCCUUUGUUGAGUGCUUUCUUAAAGAUCAUCCAGGUUACAGGCACACGGUUCUUCUACUACCUCUGGCUCUUUGGAAUCGUCGUCCAACUAUCAGCCAUCACCAUUUAUCCAAUCUUCAUUUUGCCACUGUUCAACAAGUUGUCCCCACUCGAACCCGGAGAACUCAAGACCGGAGUUGAGGCUCUCGCCGACAAACUAAAAUUCCCUCUCAAGUCUUUGUACGUCAUUGAUGGAAGCAAGAGAAGCGCACACAGCAAUGCCUACUUUUUCGGUCUGCCAUGGAAAAAACACAUUGUCAUCUACGACACUUUGAUUGAGAAGAGUGAACCUCAGGAAGUGGUUGCUGUCCUUGGCCAUGAACUUGGCCACUGGAGCCUCUCUCACACUACCAAGCUUUUUGCCAUUGCCCAGUUCCAUAUGUUCUACAUAUUCGCCCUGUUCAGUAUCUUCAUCGACAAUCGCUCCUUGUACUCUUCCUUCGGCUUCCACCAACAGCGCCCGAUCAUCAUUGGCUUCAUCCUUUUCUCCGAUGCGCUUGCCCCCAUGGAUGCUGUGGUAAAGCUGUUGAUGAACAUCCUGUCUCGAAAGUUCGAAUUCGAGGCUGACGCAUUUGCGACCGAUCUCGGCUUCAAGAAGGAACUGGCUCAGAGCUUGAUCAAGCUUCAGGUCCAGAACCUCAGCACCAUGGAUGCUGAUUGGAUGUAUGCAAGCUAUCAUUACAGCCACCCAAUUCUAGCUGAGAGAUUGGCUGCUUUGGGCUGGAAGACUUCCAAGCCAGUACCAGAUGGAAAGUUGGUCGAGCUGGACGAAAAGACUGUGGAUGCAAAAGUCGUCAAGGCAGCUGAUAGAGAGCUGUAAGUGGGGGAAGGUCUGUCGAUGGCCGCUUCUGGGGUCCAUGUGUAUCCAAGACUUUGGGCCAUGACAAAAUUGAUUGUGGCCUGGUAGGGUCAUCAUGAGUCUCGAAUGGGUUGGAAGUGGCGGGAUGUUGGAGGCCGUUCCUAUACUGGUCAGAGACCGUGCCAGGGAAUCUCAUGUAGAUCAGCAUACGUAGGAGACUGGCGUAGAGUGCUAGUCCUGCAAAGGAGAGCCUGGCUUUGUCCUAGGCAUAGGACCACCAGCUGGAGAAUGCUAGAGAGCAAUAGUCUGUCGA